ACUUAUUUCUUAAAUCCCGCUUUAUCCUCUAAAAUAGCACCACCACUAUCCGCCGCUCCGACAUUUCUCCUCCAUGAAUAGAAAAAAUGAAUCUCCUCAAAAUCAAGCUUAACCACCACCGUUUCAACCACCGCCACCAGCUUUGUCAAAAUUCCCAAAUUACCCCUAAUCUCUCACCCCAUUUCUUGUUCCACCCAUCUCAAAAACAAAAAUCCAAUUUUUCGGUAUCCUAUACUCCAUUAAUUUAUUCUUUUACUAAAUAUGCAAAAGCCUCAGCUAUUCAUUCUAAAACCCCAUUUUUUGCUAACGAGAAACUUGAAGAAGAAGAGGAAUCUAAAGACUUUGAAGAAUACUUAGCCGAAGAUGGAGAGGUUUAUCAGAAGACGUUAAGGCUGGUGGAGUGUGCGAUGUUCUCUGCUGUUUCUGGGCUGGCAUUUCUUUUGAGUAACUCUCUUGCCAUUGAGAAAUAUUUCGCUUGCUUCUUUGCAUUGCCUAUAGUGUUAUCUAGUAUGAGAUGGGGCAUUGCAGCUGGAAGGAAAACUAUGGUGGCAACUGCUGUAUUACUUUUUGUCUUAUCUGGUCCAGUGAAAGCGAUAACCUAUCUGUUAUUGCAUGGUUUGCUUGGUUUUGCUAUGGGUACUUCUUGGAGGUCGCAAGCAAGUUGGAGUACCUCAGUUUUCUUAUGCUCAUUUGUUCGAGCUGUAGGAGCCAUCGGGUAUGUUCUGAUCUCCUCAUUUUUAAUAGGAGAAAACAUCCUUAAUUUGAUUACCAUCAACAUCCAUGCUUUACUCACAUAUAUGCUCACAUCCUUCGGCUUUAAUGCAAUUCCAUCAAUGAAUUUGAUAUAUUUCAUCUUCGGCUUCCUGCUUCUGCUCAACUGUGCUUUCUUCGUGUUCUUGCUGCAUCUUUUAUAUGCCGUAUUUUUUACAAGACUCGGGAUGAAGGAUUCACUGAAACUACCAAAAUGGCUGGCGGCUGCAAUAUAACCAUACAACAAACCAUGUCACAGAAAUCAUUUGUUGUGUAUAUCACACCAUACUAAGAGGGAUACUAUAAUUGGGAGACCAGUUGAUCGAUUGUUAUCGAGCCAUUGCUCAGUUAAGUUACAUUACAUCUGUGUCAGCUCGCAAUUUUUUACUGAAAGACGCAAGCACCUUCACAAGCUGCAAGAAUUUGCUGGCGUUAUGAUUUAUGUUCAUCUUGAUGGUAAAUUUACAGAUCACUUUUCCAAUUUGAAGAUACCUUUUCAUGGGGCAGAGUUUAGGUAAUUCAUGUUUACAAACGAGCACUAAAAGUCUUGUUACAUUUUACACCCUUCAAAACUGAAGUUUACAGGAUUAUAUGUUUCCUAUCACAUGUAAUAUUACUGAACCAAUCUUCUCAUAGAAGUAACUUCGUUCA